AUGGCGUCCACCUCCUUCAGAGACUCGAUGAACUCCCUGGGCUGGUCGCGGCGGGACCAGGAUGUCCCCGUCAACACAGCGCAGCAGAGCGGCCUCAUGUCAUCCAUCAAGUCGCUCAACCCAUUCCAGAACAAUAGUUACAUCCAGCUCCCGACGACCGAGGGCGCCGGUGCGCCUCUACCUGCUGCCAACCGGAGGGAAGAGGAGGAAGGCUUCGCAACCCUGAGUCGAUGGGAUCGUUUGCUCAUCUUCGGUGCCUGCAACCUGGGCGCCCUUGCCUGCUUCGUCCUCUGCUUCGCCUUCCUCCCGGUAUUGUCUGUGCGGCCGCGCAAGUUUGUUAUUCUAUGGACGCUUGGUUCCCUGCUUUUCCUGGCAUCUUUUGCCGCUGUAAUGGGCCCGAUGGCUUACGCGAGGCACCUCAUCUCCGGUACACGUUUGCCCUUUACUGCGGCCUACUUUGGAUCGCUCGCGUUAUCCAUGUACUUUUCGCUCGGUCUUCGCAGCACUAUUCUCACCUUGGUUUCGGCUCUCGUCCAGCUCGCUUGCCUCGUGUGGUACCUUGUCAGCUACUUUCCCAUGGGCUCGAGUGGUUUACGGUUGGCUACCACAUUCGGAGCCAGAAGAGCCGCCGCCUGGAUGACCGGGUAA